AGAGUCAUACUGCAAUAUUAAAGAUAUUUAAAUUGUGGAUCUGAAGUUAAUUUCCAAGACUAAUAAUGCAACAUGAAGGGUAACCCUUCGAUCAAGGUAGGCCCCACAAUUGUCCAUAAAUAAUGAACCAAUUGAAUGCGAGAUUGUCACCUUGAGAUAGUCCAUCGGUUUUACAAUACAUUUUCCUUCCUUGAAUAACCUCAUUGUGUCGACAUGGUUUGCUUGGAAAACCCUUUGGUUCAAAAGGUCUGCAAUCUGUAUGAGAAAAUUUCCAGCCUAGAAAGCCUCAAACCUUCUAAAGAUGUCGACAUGCUCCUCACUCAUCUUGUUGCUACAUGCACACCCCCAAACCCUAUUGAUGUCACCAAGCUUUGUACAAGAAUUCAAGAAAUCAGGGCCAAUCUGAUUAAGUUAUGUGGAGAAGCUGAAGGCCAUUUGGAGAGUCAUUUCUCCUCAAUUUUGGGUUCCUUUGAAAAACCUCUUGACCAUCUUAGUCUUUUUCCCUACUACAACAACUAUCUCAAUCUUAGCCAACUUGAAUUCAACAGUUUGUCCAAACACUGUCCAAAUUUACCCACCAAGGUUGCCUUUGUGGGUUCAGGUCCUCUACCUCUUACCUCUAUUUUAUUGGCUUCUUUUCAUCUCACUUCAACUUAUUUCCAUAACUAUGACGUUGACCCUUCAGCUAAUUCCAUGGCUUCCAAAUUGGUUGCAUCUGAUCCUGACUUGUUGAAAAGGAUGGUGUUCCAUACAACAAAUAUAAUGGAUGUCACGGAUGAGUUGAAGGAGUUUGACGUGGUAUUCUUGGCUGCUUUAGUGGGGAUUGACAGGGAGGAGAAGGUUAGAGUCAUUGACCAUUUGGCCAAGUAUAUGGCUCCGGGGGCAACUUUGGUGGUGAGGAGUGCUCAUGGUGCUAGGGCUUUUCUUUAUCCUGUUGUCGAUCCUUGUGAUCUUCAAGGGUUUGAGGUUCUAUCGGUCUUUCACCCAACGGAUGAUGUUAUCAACUCUGUUGUCAUAGCACGCAAGCAUCCAACAUUGCAGCCUAUUCAGUGCCUGCAGCAACCACUUCUUAGCCCUUUGUAACUCCCUCCCAACAAGUUUCUUUAGAUCCAAGCUGUCAAUCCUCUGAACCUCGGAAAUUUGAUCGAGGAAUUUGCCGCCAAGAAGCAUCUCGCGUGAAGUCUUUCUCUCUCUCUUUCUUUUCCUCUAUCUUAUGUUCGACAUGUUUUGUUGCUUUUCUAUAUGUUUAAUUCUGCUUAUCCAAUAAGUUGCCAUGUAUGUUUGAUGUUUCCCAUUUUGUAUCAGUUGGUUGCUUUUCUAUAGGCCGCCUGUGUCAUCCAUAGCU